AAUGUUGAUUGGGGAGUGUAGUUGUCCAAUGUGUGACUCUGACUCUGUUGCUAAAUUUGGUGUUUCAUUUUUUUUCUCCCUUUGUAAUUUGGGGUGUAGGUUAGAUCCCUCCACUCAUUUGAGUCAGUGUGAUUAAGAUUUGAGAAACUGCGAUUAAGUAGGUGGCUUAAGUGAUUGUUAGUUAUGUACGUAUGAUGUGAGUUUCGAUUUUGCAGGUAUGCUUGUUGUGGCUAUAAAUAAUAUUCGUUCAUUCUUCAGCUUGUAUGAAUUACAUGCAUGCUGUCGGAUUGAGAAGUUGGUAAAGUACUAAAGUGUAUUUCAGGGAUAUAUAGAUGAUACCUCUAGUGUGUGGUUUUAGGUCCUUUGGAGUGUGUGGUUGUAACUGGCUAACUGCUAUGGUGUGAUUCUGAAAUAAAGAGGGAUAUUUUGAGAUAUGGGCACUGGCUAGUAGAGGUUAUUAUGAUAUGAUAACGACGAAUGUGAUUGGGUAUAUAUUUCUUUCUAGGAAAAAUUAGAAUUGAAAUCUAUGGUGUUGUUUGUUGGCGCUGGAUUCACAGGCCUACUCCCAGAUAAUUUAGGAUUUAUUCUAGCCAGGUUGUAUUAUAAAAUACUUCUCUGACUGGGUAUGGAUUGGUCAUUUGGUUGGCAGGAUUGGUCAUUUGGUUGGCAGGCUUGGUCCCAGUCAUGUGAAAUCUUAAUUCUGGUACUAGUUUAGUAGACGGAUGUUUCAUUGUUCUCUGUCAUGCUUACAAAGAUGAAUUGCUUGACAAAGAAUACCUACAGGAAUUUAGGACUUAAGAGGAAGUAUGAACAAGUUUAUUAGGCAUGAUUAGUGCUCAAAGCAAUGGGACAUGUGACAGGACAGGAGUAGUUACUAGCCAUAUUAAUGGGCCUUGAGGCCAGUGAAUUCCAUUAUACCACUAAUCAUUUUCUAAGGAUAACUUUGUAAACCAAAACUUGAAGUUCUUAGACUUUUCAUCUUCUUUAUUCUGAGAAGCAUUAGAAACUAGAAUGAUGAGAACCUUUUUUCCAGUAUUUUGAACUCUUUCUUCCUUAAUUUGGGAUUUUGUACGACAAUUUUAACAUUUAUUUGGAAUAUGCCAAUAGAGAGCCUAAGAAAUUAAAAAAAUGAGUCUAUGACUCUUGUCACUGUUGAUCUGAUAAUGUUGCAUUUACCGUUGUUAUUACUUUUAUGUGUAAUAUGCAAUUAUUUAUUUCCCUUAAAAUUUUUAAAUCAUGAAGAAUACGAUUAUUUCAUUUUAUAAAAGUUAUCCCUUUGGCACUCCCAGUCUCAGAUAGCAAAAGGAACUUAUCUGGCUGUUUGAGAGGGAAAAUCAUCUGUUUUUACUGACUUCUACUUGAGAAGUAUGGUGAUGAAGUCAGUUCGUUUAGUUAAUUUUUUUCUCAAGGGAAGGAAAAGUGCAGUAUCAAGAUUUGCAGCCACCUUUAUUUUGUGGUCCAGAACUCCAGCUUAAACAGAAGCUGUUACCCUCAUUACUUUUUGUUGUUUAUAUGGGGGCACAUUGUAUGCUUACAUUACUUUCUUGGGCCCAAAAUUUAUUUCUUCAUUGACACACUUCUGUUUCCUUGACAUAUGGUAGGCAUGCUGUUUUAUCUCAUGCUGACGUUAAGGUUGUUUGUUCUGCUGUGACAGGUUUAUGGAGAAGAUGAAUGGUCAUUUGGAUUCUGUGAGCAGGGUACCGGAGUUUUUAGUUGCCCGUCUGGAAAGAAUCCAAUGUAUACAUAUCGUGAAUGCAUUGUUCUGGGGAAAACAAACUCUUCCAUUUUCAAGGUAAAUCAGAUACUGAGAGAACUCAGUAGAGAGUGGCCAGGGAGUUCAUAUGAUCUGCUUGCCAAAAACUGCAAUCACUUCUGUGAUGAAUUCUGUGAAAGGCUUGGUGUACAAAAGCUUCCAGGUUGGGUCAAUAGGUUUGCCAAUGCUGGUGAUACUGCUAUGGAAGUGGCUGGAAAUACAGCAUUACGGUUCCGGCAAGCUAAAACCGAGAUUGUAUCAGCAAGCAAAGUAGCAUACCGGUUCCUCCUAGGUGUUACAAAUAAUGUUGCCAAUAAUGUUAAAAAUGGUCCGGAGUCCCCCAACAAUUCAAACAGAGAAGGGUCUCCUAGAUUUCAAGCUUCUUGGUUGAAAAAUAUUAUUGCUAAUGGUGCGAAUGCGAAACCUUCUACCAGUUCAGAAGGUGAGAAUCAGAAUGGAGUUGUGCCUCUACCACCAACGCGAGAAGAUGACAAGGUGUUGCUACAUAGUUCAUCUUCACAUGAUAGUUGAGGGAGUCUUCGUCAAAAGCUUAGUUACGCUGUGUAAUGUAAUUUGUAAGUCACAAAGUAAACGAAAUUUUACGUGUUAUUCAUUUGUGUAUCAAAUGUAAAAUUUUUCGUUUCUUGUUUAACUCAAAAUCUUAUUGGUUCCCCGUGAGACUAUGUUCUUUGAAAGGCAAUUGUACUCUUUUCUCCUCCCUCAGAACAUGACUCUAUCAAAUUUAAUGUAGACAGCUUCAGGGUAAAGACAUGAAUGAUUUAUAAUUAUUGCUAGUUUUGUGAUAA